AUGAAACAAAAUGGCUUCAAGGAGACCAAUGCGCAGAAGACCACGAUACAGGGUAAAGGCCAGAUGAAGGCACACUGUUCAAAAGAGAACUAUGAGAGCUGUGAAAAGAAACAGAAGGCAGUACCACCAGUUAGAAGAAUUGGCUCCAAGUUGCCAAAGAGGCUCCGGACUAGGAAGAUCCGAAUGACCAGAGAUGCUUGGGGCAUGUUGCACUCCUAUGUAGAUGGUAUCUACAGAAAAGUGUCUGGGGAAGCUGAACGCCUAAGGAGAAAGGACCGACGCCCCUCCAUCAUUUCCUCAGAUGUGCAAAGUGUGUUGAGGCAAGUCAUGCCAAGGAAAUACACCAGGCGAAUUGCCUACAGCAAGACUCGUUAG